GGAAGUUGUUGGCUGGCUGUCCCACUGUAGCAAGUGCAGGCAGCUUCUAGCAGGCUAUUACCCUUCAUAUUAGCUUUUGCUGUUCGUCACUGGAAAGAAGAAAACGUGACAAGGUUAGUAAUAUACGGAAGAUGACGCCGGCAAAUGCAGGGAAAUUAUUUUCACCGGCAUCGCCCUUGAAGAAGUGGAUAAGCUAACGUAAAGAAACCCGGAAGUAUUGUUCUCACAGCAACCGUAAACACAAUGAGUGCCAAAUAUGGCCUGGUGAGCUACAACAGUUCACGGAAGCACAUUUCAAUAUCCAUCCCAUCGACCACGGAAGUGAUGUCGCCCCACAUAAAGUCUGUGGAGGAGCUUAGAGUUCUGGGAAUCAACCUGAGCAGCUUCAGCGCCCCUUCACAGUUUUUCAUCUGUGUGGCUGGAGUCUUCCUCUUUUACCUUGUCUAUGGAUACCUGCAGGAGCUGAUAUUUUCUGUGGAAGGAUUCAAGCCUUUUGGUUGGUACCUCACUCUGGUCCAGUUUGGCUUCUACUCCAUGUUUGGACUAGUAGAGCUUCAGCUCACACAGGACAAACGCAGAAGGAUACCAGGGAAGACCUAUAUGAUCAUAGCAUUUCUAACAGUGGGAACCAUGGGCCUGUCCAAUACCUCGCUGGGCUACUUGAACUACCCUACACAGGUCAUCUUCAAGUGCUGUAAACUCAUUCCUGUCAUGAUUGGAGGAGUGUUUAUACAAGGUAAACGCUAUAAUGUGGCUGAUGUAUCCGCUGCUCUCUGCAUGAGUCUGGGACUCAUCUGGUUUACGCUAGCUGACAGCAAAGUGGCCCCCAACUUCAACGUCACAGGUGUGCUCCUCAUCUCCCUGGCACUGUGUGCAGACGCCGCCAUUGGAAAUGUGCAGGAGAAAGCCAUGAAACUCCAUAAUGGCUCGAACUCUGAAAUGGUGCUGUAUUCGUACUCCAUUGGUUUUGUCUACAUACUAACUGGCCUGCUCUGUGUGGGUGGGCUAGGGACAGCAGUGGCUUUCUGCUCAGAGCAUCCUGUGAAGACAUAUGGCUACGCCUUCUUCUUUUCUCUUACUGGUUAUUUUGGCAUCUCUUUCGUGCUGGCCUUGAUUAAGCUGUUUGGUGCCCUGGUUGCAGUGACAGUGACCACCGGGAGAAAGGCCAUGACUAUUGUACUUUCCUUCAUGUUCUUCACAAAACCUUUCACUUUUCAGUACAUCUGGGGCGGCCUUCUGGUGCUGUUCGGCAUCUUCUUGAAUGUUUACAGUAAAAACAAAGAGAAAAUCAAGCUUCCUUCCAUCAAAGACCUCAGGAGCCUGCUGCUGACAGGAAAGAAAGUCCGAUUUCUCUCACAAAAUGUAUAGGAGGCAGACUGUAUGUCUGGUCAGAUGUAGCGAUGACCCCAAUAUCUCAGGGGAUAUGCUCAAGCAUAUGCCUGAGCUAUGGGCCUUAUCACCACCAACAUUGAGCCAAGGAUGUGUAUACAAGGUAUGCAGUCAGCCUCACAGACAGAUAAACAACCAUUGAACUACGAUGGGUGAUGGAGUCUCUAUAUCCUGUCUACCAGUACAUCAUUGGUGUAGAACUGGCUGGAAUUGCUCUGUAGCAAACCGAAAGAACUGUACCUAUUUUUAAUAGGGGAUCAAUGACUAGUGGGCAAUGGUAAAGCAAUGCUUCGGAGCCCCACAGAAACAUUUUCAACAUGGAGGAUAACACCAAGAACUUUUAAGACUCUGAAAAGCGAAGCCAACGCCUUAGCUAACCAAAUCGCACAGUUUUGCACUGGAAAUGGCUCAUGUACUUAAACACUUCAGUGGUUGGAAAAAAACUGAAAUUUUGGAAGGAAAGAGGCCAGAGAGACAUGUUAAUGUGUCAUGUCUGAAAUGAAUGUUUGAUCCCCAUCCUAAAAGAAAAUAUAUACUGAAAAAUGGCAUAUUUGUCUCUGCAUGUGCCAGAAAUACCAAACAAAAAUUAGAUUUACAUAAUUGUCUUCAUAAAAGUGGCUUUUUUCAUAGUUUAUUGGUAAUUUAUAGCUGACUGUGCCCUCAAUCAUGGAAAACGUGUGAUGGUGACAUUCUGGAGAAUAUGAUGACAUUUGCUCAACUGUACAUCAACGUCAACUACUGUUAUUUGCUAACCAUGUGUGUGGAUGAAAGUACCACUCUUUUUACAAUAAACAAACGUUUCUCUUAAAGUUCA